AUGCAACCUAUUCCUGAAGAUGAACCAACCGCAUCCACCUCCACAGAUGCGCGAGCACCAAAUAAUAAACAGAUACGAGAGAAAUCGAUCGAGAUAGCGGAGAUAGAAGACGAGGACGAGGAACACGAUGACAACACCUGUUGUCAUCGUGCGACUUUCUGCAAUCCGGUGUUACGAGAGAUUCUCGUGACCAACGUGAUCUCCACGUGUUUUGAGCUACAGCUGACAUGGGCGGAUCUCUUCUGGCUCGCGACCGUGUGCGGCAUGACCCUGCUGACCUGGGCCGUUUUGUACUUCCUGCUGGGCGACAUGGUACUACCCGGCGGCAGCAUAUUUGGCCUGCUCGUCCUCGUCGUACUUUCCUACGCGCUCGGCUGGACCCUCGCCUGCAUUCCGCGGCUGCAUCUUCCGCCCGUCUUCGGCAUGCUUCUCGCCGGUAUAAUACUACGUAAUACCGACGUCUACAAUAUACACGAUAUGCUCGGGCCGGGUACGACGUCCAAGAUCAGGACCUUCUGCCUGACCUUCAUCAUGGUACGUGCUGGCCUGCAGCUGACGACGACCGCGCUGAGGGCGCAUCCCGUGUUUGUGAUGAUCCUGGCCCUUGUCCCAUGCACCGUCGAGACGUUGGCCGUCACCGUCUCGUGUAAAUAUCUUCUCGAAUUCCCGUGGAAUUGGUCCUUCAUGACGGGGGCAAUUGUGGCCUGCAUGUCUCCUGUAGUAACGGUCAACUGCCUCCUCACCUUAUCUGAACAGGGUUACGGAGAAGACAAAGGACUCGCCAGCUUGUUGUGUACCGCGGCGUCUAUCGACGAUGUCCACAUCGUGUCUUUGUUCUCCAUCUGCUUCUCUUUCGUUUUUAGCAACGAUGACGGCAGAACAGAAUGGUGGUCCUAUAUCCCCGGCGGGAUUCGAGAUUUCCUCCUGGGACUUAUAAUGGGAAUUAUCUUGGGCUUUGCCCUGGUCUUUUUCCCUCAUCGCAAUCACAAAUACGCGACGUGGUAUCGCAUCGGUGGCUUAGCUCUCGCAUCUUUAAUGUGCACCACAGCAGCAUCGAGACUGGCGGUCACAGGUGGAGGAUAUCUCGCCACUAUUAUACUAUCGUUCAUAGCCGUUCACGGAUGGCGAAUUUUAACGAUUUCGUAUGAUACGACACCCUUUCACAAGGCGUUUCAUUUUCUAUGGCACUUCGUGCAACCGAUUUUAGGAGGCGUGAUUGGCGCCGAUAUUGAUUUUAGAAACUGGGCUAUAUCCAGAUUCGGACUUUACCUCGCUUGUGUACUCAUGGGAAUAUCUGUGCGCAGUACUACCGCCUUUUUAACGACAAUCCGAAUGCCUUUCACAUGGAAAGAACGACUCUUCAUCGCCAUAGCUUGGGUACCGAAAGGAACUUUACAGGCGGCGUUAGCGCCGAUGGCGUUUGAGCGUGCCAGAAAGGAAGGCGACCCCACGAAAAUAGAAUUAGCUCUCGACGUGGUGAAGAUAUCUGUAAUUGCCAUAGUAUUUCUAGCGCCACUUGGAGCAAUCGGCAUGAUGACCAGCGGUCCCUAUCUCUUGAACAAGAUCAGUAUCGAGGAGCACCAAAGGGAGCGGGAAUUGAGCUAUAUGCGCAUUGUCGCUUUGCAACCUGUUAGAACGCGCAAAAAAACAAAGAAACCAGUCCACUCAGAUACCGUUAAGACUCUCUCGCCAAUAGAAUCGACUUAG